UUUCGCUCGGGUCGAAGGCUGUGUGAAAAUGAUAUUUUUUACCUUUUUCUGAGAAAUAGAGAACUGUUUUUGUGUGAAAAAUGGCUGAAGACGAAGUGCUCUUUGACGACGUGUACGAACUAUGUGAAAUUAUUGGCAAGGGGCCAUUCAGCCUUGUCCGUCGCUGUGUGCACCGGCAGACAUCCCAGCAGUUUGCGGUGAAGAUUGUUGAUGUGGCUCGCUUCACCGCCAGUCCAGGACUUAGUACUGCAGAUUUGAAGCGUGAGGCAACAAUAUGCCAUAUGCUGAAGCACCCUCACAUUGUGGAGCUGCUCGAGACCUACAGCUCCGAGGGCAUGCUCUACAUGGUCUUUGAAUACAUGGAUGGAUCAGAUUUGUGCUUUGAAGUGGUUCGUAGAGCCACAGCCGGAUUUGUCUACAGUGAGGGUGUGGCAUGCCACUACAUGCGUCAGAUACUGGAAGCUCUCCGCUACUGCCAUGAGAAUGACAUCGUGCACCGAGAUGUGAGGCCCCACUGUGUGCUAUUGGCUGGACGAGACAACUGUGCCCCGGUCAAACUUGGGGGCUUUGGGGUAGCGGCUCAGUUGCCUACUCCCACUGCUCAUCGGGCACCACCCGAACUGGUGAUGGACAAUCGACCUCUCAUGGGCCCUAUGGGUCAAGCGUAUCUCAAAUCUGACGAGUAUGGUCGCAUUGGCACUCCGCACUAUAUGGCACCGGAGGUGGUUUCAAGCCAGUUGUAUGGCAAGCCAGUUGACGUUUGGGCGGCUGGCAUUCUACUACAUGUGCUACUGGUUGGAUACUUGCCAUUUACUGGCACUCGGGAGAGACUGUUUGAAGCCAUCUGCCGAGGACGACUCAGAUUUGACGCGCCAAUGUGGGAUGAUAUCAGCGACGCAGCCAAGGAUCUGGUGCAACGAAUGCUCACCGUAGACCACACCCAGCGCAUCACUAUACAAGAUGUGCUCAACCAUCGGUGGAUAAGGGACCGCGACAAGCAAAGCCGCAUCCACUUAGCCAGUACGGUGGAGGAACUGAAGAAGUUCAACAGUCGCCGACGGCUCCGCGCCGCGACCCUCGCUGCGGCCGCUGCGGAUGACGAGGAGGAAGACGACCAGAAGCCGCCCAGGAUCCAGGCUAUGAUUGAGGAGGCCAAUGCUGCAGCUGUGAACCUGGUGGUGGAAUCUCUAGAUGACGUGUCUGUGUUGCAAGAUGGGCCCACAUUCAUCGACCCAGACUUGUUCCACAGUGUACUCGACGAUCUGCAGUUACGAGCUCUUUUGGAAGUGUACGACCGCAUCGCUUGCACCGUGGUGGUGGCGAGUGCCCGUGCGCCGGCCGCCGAGGCGCGUGCGCGCUGCCGCCUGGCGCUGGAGGCGGCGCGGCCACGCGGCGCUGCGCCCGCGCCCGCCGCUGCAUCGCCUGCCGUCGCCACGCAUAUACACGAGCUGCGCCGCGCGCUCGCCGGACCGCACGUCAAGGCCCUACUACAGGCUCACGAUGUGGUCGCCAGAGAGGUGUACGGCGAGGAGUCUCUCCGCGCGUCCCCUCCCCCGGUCAACGGGAGGACGCCGGCGCCGCAGCCCGACGACGAGGAAGACACCGAGCCCGAGUUCGAGAACGUGACAAGGGUGCGCCUCGUGCAGUUCCAGAAGAAUACUGACGAGCCCAUGGGCAUCACCCUCAAACUUGCGGACGACGGGCGCUGCAUUGUCGCACGUAUCAUGCAUGGAGGCAUGAUCCACCGACAGGCUACGCUGCAUGUCGGAGACGAGAUUCGAGAGAUCAAUGGAACUCCAGUCGCUAACCAGUCAGUGGCGCAGCUCCAACGGAUGCUGCGGGAGGCCCGUGGAUCGGUGACAUUCAAGAUUGUGCCAUCGUACCGAUCAGCUCCUCCACCCUGCGAGCUUUUCCGGAUAAAGCCUUCGCCCGUGCUAAUCUUCGUAAGAGCACAAUUUGACUACGAUCCGUUAGAAGACGAAUUGAUUCCGUGUGCUCAAGCCGGAAUCGCCUUCAACACAGGAGAUAUUCUACAGAUCAUCAGCAAAGAUGACUCACAUUGGUGGCAGGCCCGUAAAGAUGCAGCAGGAGGAUCUGCUGGUCUCAUUCCAAGCCCAGAACUUCAGGAGUGGAGAGCCGCUUGCGCCGCUGCUGAACGAUCGACUACAGACCAAGUCAACUGUUCUAUAUUCGGACGCAAGAAGAAGCAGUCCAAAGACAAAUAUUUGGCGAAACACAACGCGGUAUUCGACCAACUGGACGUCGUGACAUACGAAGAAGUUGUCAAGUUACCUUCAUUCCAAAGAAAGACAAUAGUACUGUUGGGUGCACACGGCGUUGGUCGUCGUCAUAUAAAGAACACGCUCAUCGCUCGUCACCCAGACUUAUACGCAUACCCUAUACCACAUACCACUCGACCUCCAAGGCCCGAUGAAGAGAAUGGCAGAAGCUACUAUUUUGUGUCUCACGAAGAAAUGAUGGCUGAUAUUGGUGCCAAUGAAUAUUUGGAAUAUGGAACGCACGAAGAUGCAAUGUACGGAACGAAGCUGGAAACUAUCCGACGUAUCCACGGAGAGCGUCGUAUCGCCAUCUUGGACGUGGAACCUCAGGCUCUGAAGAUACUGCGGACAGCCGAGUUUGCGCCGUACGUCGUCUUCAUCGCCGCUCCUCCACUCAAUAAUGUUGCUGAUUACGACGGCUCUUUAGAAGUGCUGGUCCGCGAAUCUGAGCAACUCCGACGCACAUAUGGCCAUUACUUCGACCUGACGAUCGUCAACAACGAUAUCGAAGAUACUUUAGGCCAACUGGAAACGGCCUUGGUACGACUUCGCUCCACUCCGCAAUGGGUGCCCGUGUCCUGGGUCUAUUGACAAACUGAUUUUUACCUGUAAAGUAAUUUAAUACCAUCGUCAAAUUGUUGAAUGUCACUUAUUGUUCGAAACUAACUCUGUGUUGCCAUGUACUCUGGAUUGCGAGUGUGUUGGUGAAUUUUGCACAAAGGUACAAAUUAUCAAUGGUGUACAUGAUAUUGUACAUGUAUACAAUGCUGAAUAGUGUGACUGUAAGUGUGGGUGUGGAACUUUAUCAUACACAAUAAGUGACUUUUAAGAGUUUGAUGGUUUUACUCUGCUAAUUUGUCGGAAAAGAGCGUAGUAAACUUCGCGUUGGUACCUAUACUUAAAUUACCUACAUUGAAUCCUUUAAGAAACUCUAACGAAAUUGACACUUUUUCAUCAACUUCGGCGCAAUCUCAUCGACUAUCUACGAAAUGUGUAAUGUGAGUGACGGAUUUAGGGUGGUAUUAAUAAACUAAUAUCAGCUUCGAGACUGCCCUCAAGAUCAUGUCAAUGUGACAUUCUUAUAUAAAAACAGGGACUUGAGCAUGAUCUUGAGGGCAGUCUCAGCUGAGAUUAGUUUAUUAAUACCACCCUAAGAGUUGAUUUUAGACAAGAUAAGAUAAACAAUGGACAGAUGAGAUCUGUUCGACGUGGAAGAAGGUUGUUGUUCCAAAAUGACCCUAGUUGACAUUGUUCGUGAUCGGAUGGUUAUGUAAAGCAGGAUGUGCUUGACAAUGAAAGACAUUCGUGUGAAUGUUUGCACAUUUGAAUGUGUGCUAAUAUUUUCUCGAAAUAUUCUUUCUGAAACAAGUCAAAGAUGAAAUCUAUUGAGGAAGUUGAAAACGUUAGUUUGACAUUCACAGCUUGAGUGCUUUUUUGGGAGAGUAGUCUCUAAAAAAUCACCAUUAAAUCUUCUUCCUUUUUCUUCACAAUAAUUCACUUUAAAUGUUUCAAUUUUGUCUUAUUCCCACUUUAAAGAAUAUUUAAAUUUAAAGAAAAUAUAACAACGUAGUGCACCAUAAAAUUCCGUUCCUGGUCACACUGUACCUACAAAAAAUAAGAUAAUCGAAAAAAAAUAUGGUUUUGUUUAAAAUAUUAAAAAUCGUUACGUAUUAAAAUAGUACAAAUAUUUUAAAAGACAUAAGUACGUUACUUCUGUUACUUUAUGAAAACUAGUAAUAAUUAAAUUGUUAUGUUGCAUAUUUAUAUUAUUUUAACUUUAAAAGUAAUAUUUAUAAAAGCUGUCAAACAACUUCUUUAAAUUAAGGCAUCGGAAAAGUCUACAAUAAUGAUAUAAUUGUUUGGUGCAAAAGCUCAAUUUCACUAUGUGCCAAAUAUGUAAGAAAGAACUAAAUUAAUAAAAUAUAUCGAAUUAGACUUGCGCACGAUACGUUCACGAGACUUUUGGAACAAUGUACAUAAUUAUAUUAGUAAUUAAAUUUAAAAAGCAACUAAUUCUCUAGAACUAUACCGUAGUCAAAAUGUUUACUUCAAAAUUUAAAUCUAAGAUCUCUACUACUAGGUUACUGUUAUGAAUUUAAAUCUUGUCGUUAUACAACUACGUGAAGGCAUUGUUAGUUCCUACACUUUUUCUUUACUUUAGAAAAAGGCAAAGGCACGAAGGCGUAGUGCCACAUUUUGAUGCGUAGGUAAUUGGAAUUUGCUGUUUUUUAGAGUUCCGAAUCUCAAAAGGAAAAAUAGUUCCGCCUUAUACGAUCACUUUGUUUUUAUUUUAUUUCGGUACUUACCGCGCUUUCAUCAUGCGGUAAGGGGUAAGGGGUGGGUAAUCAUUGGUGGUAGGACUUGUGCCAAGUCCGUCUGGGUAAGUACCACCCUCAUACCUAUUUCUACCGUGAAACGGCUAUCCUUGCUGUAUUUCGGUCUGAAGGGUACGAGAGCCAGGGUCAUUACUGGGCACACGAGACGUUCAAUCUCUUCUCAAUCGUCGUAUCUGUGAUCAAGGGGACACAGGUAUGAUUGUGUAUUGGGUAACAGUGUGCUCUUACCACAAGAGGCAUUGUUUACCCGCCAUUUUAUUUUCAGUCAAUAAUUUCAAAUUUCGAACUUAUAUCAAUUUAAUUUUCGAACGAAUACCUUUCCAUGAUUUGUUAUUGUUAUUAUUUGUUGUGAUAAAUUAAAUUUAUAAUUUAUUUCAAUUAUUUAUUUAACAGUGAUUUAUGUCCUUACGAUUAGUUCCAGUGCCUUCCGUAGUUGUAAAACCGUCUAUUGACUAUAUCACAGGAUUAGAAAUCACAGGGUUGCAUGGAUCAGACUUAGUAAUUUUAAUUGUGGAUAAUUUCACUUCAAUUCUGUAUGCUUUCAUUCUCUAAAAUUUUCGAUGUCUUUUUAUGGAUUUAUUUCGACGUUCGGUGCCAUGGAGUUCUCUAAAUCACUUUUUUUAAAUCUGCUGUUAUUUUUUCGUGGCUGAGCAUGAUAUUGGUUUGCAAGACAAAGCAGUGGCAUAUGCGUGAAGCUGAGAUGGUUAAGUUUUCACCGGGUACUUGCCCAUCUCUAGAUAGAUGUGUGGUGGUGUGGUAUUGUUUUGCAAUGUCUUAAUAUCGGCUCAAGUUACUCUUCCUUUUCAAAUGUGUGAAUGGCCAGUAAUUCACAUAUCAUUCUAAACAUCAUUACAUUGUUUUUUUAUGUUAUGGAAAGCCGUCAAGAAUUCGGAAUGUUUAUGGCAAUAUCUGGAUAUGUCAAUGAAGCAAGCAGAAGCCCAAGCUUCUCUUAGGAAUUUUUUAACGACUAUUCGUAACAUAUAUUUCUUCAUGGCACCAUAAAUAAUUUCCAUUUAUAUUUUUUCUAUAUUUUUACUAUUAAGUAUACUUGUUAGUUUUACUUCAAUGAGGUAGUUUCAAUAAAACGAGCGUCAUUAAACACUGGCAACGAUUGAAAAUUCGCAGGUUUCAAUCGUUACAGUUGAACCUGCAAUCGUUGGACACCAAAAACAAUAAACAUCUAUUUGACCCAAAAUUCAUCGAAAUUCCGUUACCUCGUUGAAGUAGACGAUUUUACAGUAAUUCACACGCCUGCACUAAAGCAUUCCUGUACAUAAAUUUAAUUAUAAAGUAGCAAAAUUUUACUAUAUAACUCUCACAUUUCUCUAUUUUUAAUUUAAAUUAUGUCUAGGCUAAAUUAAUAUUUCGUAAGUGUUCAAAACGCUGUGGUUUUUCAUCUUUAUGUAAUGUUGUUAUUGAUAAUCUUUAUUCUACAUCUGGAGUUAUUAUUAGUUAUAACUGUAUGUCAUUUCUGGAAUGUUACUUCUUGAAGGCCAUCACAUCUGCCGAAAUCGAGAUUCCACGCGUAUUAUGAAAUUACAAAAUAGUACUUACCUACUGAGUUCAUUACUGAGUUAUUAAGUAAUAUUCGAUUCCAUAAAGUUCGCCGCAUUUUCUUAUUACACACAAUUUCAUUUCAUUUUUUUUAAUUUCUGUCAUGUACUUAAAAAUGUUUGGGGUUUUCUACCUUAAUUGUUUACUUUUUUAAUCCUUGAAUGUCACGCUUAUUUGUAAUUUCAUAAAACUUUUCUAAUACCUUACGUAAUAUUUUCUCAAAAUUUUUAGUUAAUUUUCGUAAUUUAUUUUCACGGAGGCGUCACUUACUUUUUCAUUCGCGUUGUUGUUUUAUGUACCUUUUCAAAUGUUGAUUGUUUUACCUCUUGAAAUGUAGAUGUAAGGUCAAUAGUGAAUUAAUGUAGUUAAAAUAUCUUUAAUUAGUACAAGGUUCAGGUCGAGGUUGGUUGGCAAUCGCUAAGGGCAGUGGCAAGCACUAGUGUGUUUUGUUGAAAGAGAUAUCAGUGUUGUAAUUUUUAAAUGUUUAUAAGUUUCAUAAGUACCGUUUUGUUAUGUGAUAAAAUUAUUUUGCUAUCAAUAAGGGUGUUAUUGUAGGUGUCUACACAUUUUUUUAAAUUAGUUGCUUAAUAAUUUAAAAAAAAUAUGUGACAUCAUUUACAACGUGCAAUAAAGUAAAUUUCUGAAUCUCAACAAGUUAUUAUUCACUAAGAUCUUCUGUUAUGGUUUAAUGGCUUGUUUAAGAUUAUGAAUUUACCGAACCCUUUACUCUGUAAACAGUUUUGAUGUUGUGUCAAAUCUAGUAAGAUUCAUUUGUGUCGCAUUUGUUUAAACAUCAAACAUUUAUAUUCCUACUACAUUUUGAAAUUUACCUUCUUCUUUACGGGAUUUUCUUAAGGGAGUUAGUCAAAACAAACAAUUGUCUCCUAAGGAACCAUAUAAUUUGUUUUAAACAUAGUUGGUUGGUACAAAUUAUAUGGUGAAUUCGUCGUCAAUGGUUUGAUUUGAUUGAAACGUUGACCUUGUGUUUUAUUCACCUUUCAAGCUGUCAGGUUUUGUAAUGUAAUAUUUUUCAAACUACUUACUACCUAUAACCGAAUAUUUUUUUAUAUAUAAUAUAUAGCUCUUGUAUAAGUUUUCACGACAAAUGUGUAAGUCAAUUCUGACUAAUAUUGCCCCAAAUGAAUCAUGUCAGCAUUUAGUUAAGUAAUAUUAUGAUAAUAAGGCACAGCGGAGUAAGUAACUAGGUAUGACUUAUUUGGGGCCACCAGUCCGUGUUGAUUUACUUAGUAAUUUUGAGAGAAAAUUUAUACUAUUUAUAACCCAUGUUAUAACCCAUUAUCUAAUACUACCAAGUAAAUUGCAAGUGCACUUUAGAGGUUCAUUUUUGUAAAUAUUGGCAUAUACCUGAUUAUAUUUCUUUCUGACUGCAAUGUCUAUUGGCCAAACUUUGUAAGUCAAAAUAGCUUUUAAUUCCCCAAAAGAAACACAACAAUAAGGAAAGACGAACACUUUGGUAAUGUGUUUCCUUUGGGGCCGGCUACUGAACUACAAAUUUUAUGCUAAUAGGCCUUUUCACCCAACUACGGCAAAGCAAAAACGAGGGUUAUGUAUUUGACCUACGUAACGUUCGUGAAUAGCCUAUAUACGUCCCAACGCUCGGCAAAUUUUACCUUUCUUUCAUUUUUCGAGAUUUUGCUAAGUGUGUUAGUCAAAGCAAAAAAUUGUCUCCUAAGGAACCAUAUAAUUUGUUGUAAACAUAGCUGGUUGUGCGAAAUAUAUGGUGAAUUCGUGGUCAAUGGUUUGAUUUGAUUGACACGUUGUUUUGUAUAAUCUUUCAAACUACUUAGUACCUAAAACCGAAUCAUUUCAUAUUGUUAGCUCUAAACUAGUAUAAGUUUUCACGUCAAAUAUGUAAGUCAAUACUGUCUAAUUUUGCCCCAAAUGAAUCAUGCCAGCAUUUAGUUAAGUAAUAUUAUGAUAUUAAGGCACAGCGGAGUAAGUAAGUAGGUAUGACUUAUUUGGGGCCACCAGUCCGUGUUGAUUUACAUACUAAUUUUGAGAGAAAAUUUAUACUAUUUCGUCUUUUUUGUUACACUACCAAGUAAAUUACAAUCAUACCUAUUAAAGAAGUUUCUUUUUUGUAAAUAUUGGCACAUACCUAAUUAUUUCUGUCAUCUAAAUCUUCUUAAAUGCAACUUGUAUCUUGCAAUUCACUCGUAAUUAUUGUAAUAUUGGCUCAAUAUUUAUAAUUUCUACCCAAAAUUAUUUUUUUUAUAAUAUAAUGCUUUUUAAACUAUCUUGAAUCGCGCAGUUUUUACUAAAUUAAAAAUAAAAACAUUUUAUUUAAAAUAUUGGCUCAAAUUAUUUUAAAAAACUUGUAAUCGAAACAUAGAGUAUUAUAUUUUCCGCAAAUGGAGCAAUGAGUUGAGUAAACCGGUGCUACACUGCUUCACUUCGGAUAAACGUCUGUCUUUAUUUGCAAUUUUUUGCAUUAUUAUAAAGCCAGUUUUAAUAAUUUAUAAAUUACAGCAAUCUAUAAAUUCACAUAAUUUAACUGGGAAUUAUGUGAAUACCUCUUCGGAUGAUUGAGUAAUUAUUUUGUCUGUUUUUUUUAUGAGAAAUUAAUCAAAUGUAAUGAAUAAUUUGUCAUAAAAAACGCGACUGCUUCAACUUAUAAAUUGAUAUAAAACUAGAAUAUUCCCAGAAGAAACAUUCAGGAGGCCAGUGAUGAAAUGUUUCUUUUGGGUCAAACUGUCUAUAAUAAUUUAUAAAUUGAGGGUUUUUUCUUCUAAUAUAAUAUAUAUCUAAAAUCAUUACAAUACUGGCAGUAAGAUGUGGCUGGCUAAAAUAAUUUUUAAUUUUUUAAUCAAGUUGUAAAUAAAACUCUGUGAAUCGAAAUGGAUCUUACUGCGAACUUUUAGUCUGUUCUGAUUCACAAGUUUUAUCUAGCCUGUAUUUUUGAAAUUACCUAUUUUAUUUUAUAUUUCACAAAAACAAUAUAUAGCGACACAAAUGAUUCUUCUUGGAAUUUUAAUUUCACAAUAUUAUACCUGUAUUUUUCCGUUACUAAUAUUUAGGUGUAUUUAUUUCCAAUAAAUUCAUAAUUUAAAAAACUAUGUUAGUCAAAACAGAUUCAAUACCGUCAAAGUAAACAUCGCGAACGACAACCGAGUACGACUGAGCACCUUUGGCGCAAACCCUUUGUUUUGAGUAACAAGUUUGGCGACUUAAUAAUGUUUUGUAUAAGAUAUGUCUCUCUGAACGGUAUUUCGCGGUGUAGCCCUAUAAAUCGAAGCAAGUCGUUGGUAUUCGUAUACCCUAAGAGGGCUAUUCACGUGAACUGAUAAAGACCUUCACAGUCAUGUGAAUAUUUCUUUUAGAAGGUUUGCUUAGGUCUAUAGGUUUAUAACGUACAGAAACGUUGAGUGGUGUGUCUGUCCAAAUUGUUAUUAAGUAAGUACCUAAUAAAAAAAUAAAUUGUGAAAUAUGCCAUCAUAAUAAUGAUCAUACGGCAUAGACAAUGAAAUAUAGAAACAAAAGAUUCUUUUAAAAGUAUUUAUUAGAACAAUAAAACUAUUCAUCGUUUAAAUUGUAUGGUUAAAACUUUGCUUGUUAAAUUUUGCAAUCCUAUAAUCGAGUUAGCGUUAUAAUAUUUAUAAUAAUUGUAUUUUCUUUUCCUGUAUGUUAGUGCUGCUCCUUUACGGAUGAGUGUUUGAGAGUCUAUGAUAAAUAAUAAGUAAUUAUAUGUAAUUAUUAAAAUAUUCUGAGAGUAUUUUUAAUGUUGUAAGCAUCACAAAAUUUAAACGCCUUUCCCAUAACAUUCCAUUUGUUUCUUAUUUGUUAUUCAAUUUAUUAUUUUUCAUUUUUGACUAAGCCUGUGGUUGGGCUAGUCUCUUUGUAAUAUCAGUUUCUUUUAUCUGAAAAAUAUAAUUUUAAUUUUAUUUAUUUACAAUUUAUUGUUGUUUUAAAUAUUAUUAAAAAAGUCUAGGCUUUGUUAAAAUUAAUUAAUAAUGUGAUUUUAGUUUUAGUGGCUCCUUAUGUGAUUUUAUAUUUAAUCCUAAUUUGUAAUCUAAUUUAGGUCGUCUUUAUUGUACUUAUUUUAAUUAAAUCCAUUAUUUUCCUGUGAUGUUAUGUUCAAGCUAAUCGAUAUAUUUCACCGCAUUAUAGAAAAAUAAAAUAACAAUGAAAUACGUAGAAAAAAAUACCUACAUACAAAAAUAACUAUUUAAUGUAUCGAAGUUUAAAUGUAAAAUCACAUGAAAUUGAACGAAUCUUAACCAUAGCGGAAUGUAAUAAUUAAACCUAUUAAUUUUAAAUGUUCAGUGCAAGUUGUUGAUGCUUAAAAACUUCCCUUUUUAAAUCUUACUCAAUUUUUUUUUAUUACAUAAGUACCUAGUAUUUUUAAUUGAAAUGAUUGGUAGAUUAUGCGCGUACAGGCUAUUUUUUUUGUGCGUGGUCCGUUAAUUUGUACCGGACGCGCGCACAAAUAAAAUAAAAUAUUGCCUGAAUUGUCUCUCGUUGCAUACGAAGUUAUGGCAACACCUACCGUAAAGAAGUAAAAAUGGAUUACAUAAUUUAUUUCACGAAAUUGUAAUAUUUAUAAUCUAAUUUACUGUUCAUUCCUUAGUUUAUUGUACAUGUAACAACUUGUAGUGAACGUAAUAUAUUAUAGGUGAAUAAAUUGUCACGAAAUGUACUCGUAUCAGUGAAUUGGGAAAGAUAGUAAUUUUAAUGUCACUGUGGGUUUAUCGAGAACAACUUAAGAUGACUGAAGUAAAAUCUUAUUAUAACUGUUAAAAUUGAAUAAACCGCACAAAAUAA